AUGCAUCAUUAUCUCGCGUUCUCCAAGAGAUACCGCUCUCUCGUGGCUUCCCCUGAGCUCUACGAGAUUCGGUCGCAGUUAGGUUACAGCUGCUUCUACAUAUGCUUGAGCAUACACGGUCCUGCCUCAACCCCACGUUGGUUCAUCAUCAGCCUUGAAAAAAAUGUGAACAGGCUCAUGACGCCUAUCCCUCCUUCUCCUUCUUCGCACCCUAUGAAAGAAUUCUCCGUGGUGUCGCUUGACUGUGGGAUAUAUGUAAUCGGUGGGUCCAUAAAAAGAAAGAGAGAGUACUUCAGUUCUUCGGACUACCGUUCUUCUUCCAGUGUGUUUCUCUUGGAUUGUCGGACUCACACGUGGCGCCAAGUCCCUUCCAUGAAAGUGGCUCGAUGUGAGGCUGCUGCUGGAGUCGUUGAUGGGAAGAUAUACGUGUUAGGAGGCUGCGACUAUUAUAAGACCUAUGGAGAGGUAUUUGACCCAAAGACUCAAACUUGGACUACUUUGCCGCAAGUACCGUAUAGUAUAACACCGAGUAUGUCAUUCAGAAAGACCAUAGUGAUGGGUGAGAAGGUGUAUGCAGUGCCCUUCUUGAAUUCACGAGACCUAUUGUACUACUCUCCCAACGAAGGUAUAUGGGGAAUAAGGAAGAAGAAAGUUGAUGGUGCAUGGAAGAUAGGAAUCAAAAGCUAUUGUUUUAGCUAG